UGCUAACGCUAGUUUAACCACAGGCGUUGCAACAACCUACUGCAGCUAUUUACAUGUUUUCAAGCGGAACAAUUCUUCAAAUGUUAUUGCACGUUUUUUUUUGUGUUUGGCACAAAAUGUGCAACAAUUCUACUAUUGCGUGCUACCACAAAUUUAACGAAACGUCCUCGCGUAGUUCGAAAGUUUCAGGGGGAGUGACCUGUCUUCCGUAAUGGGGAGAAAUGAAAAGGACAGUAAUUUCACUGUAAUAAUGAAAGCAUAAUCUGACAAACUCGCUGAUGCAAAGGAAAGAUGGCAUCAGAGGUUUGAACAACAGGAACCCAUGAAAUAACCCUGCAGGAUCUCUUGCUGGUGUUAUCUUAACUGAGCCAAUGUCACGGCAGAAGGAAACAGUAGCAUGCUGCGCAAAAAACUGCCCUAAUAUUGGUUUAACCCCCUCGGGCACCUCAAGCCCUGUUAUCCUGCACUCCUUUCCUCGGGGGGGCUCCGGCAGUUACAAAUUAUGGGCGGGCAUGGUGGGCGUCUCCCCCCUACCUGCUGUGCCCAAACUGUGCUCGCUCCAUUUCGCCCCGGAUCAGUACAAGAGAACGGGCAUCGGCCAUCGUACACUGCUGAACGAAGACCAUUCAAGGCCAAAGAAGCUUAAGAAAAAUUCCUUGCCCUCUCUGUUCUAUGACAGCGAUGGAGAGCGCUUUGAAAUGGUACCAGUCACUAUUCCGGAGUAUUCCGACGAGGACUCUGUUGACGACGUAACACUAAACUCUUGUUCAGUAGGGCUCCAUCCAGUUUGUACAGAAGGGCAGAGAGGUACCCAGGAUUCUGGAACAUUCCCUGUAGAGAGUAAUAAUGUUGAGACUGAGGAAAACAGUGUCGACCAGCCCCAUCCCAGUAGUGUUCUGAAUUGGCGCGGUGGUCAGCAGCAUGCCUUGGUGGAUAAUGGCAUGAGUAAAACAGACACAGCGGCCAGUGGAACCAUAUUAGCACACGACUUUACGGGAGAAAGAAGCAGAGUUAUUGGGAAUCAUCCAGGGAACAGGAGAUUUGGAAAAGGUGCCCAUGGAUGCAACUUUUGCGGCCUCUCCUUUUCCUCUCAUCUCAACUUGGGCUCUCAUUUGAGGGUCCACCGCGCCCUUCCCUUGAAGUGCCGCUCAUGCAGCCUGCAGCUGCCCAACCACUGGAAACUCAACCUGCACUUGAAGGUCCACGGUAAAUCAUUCCCCGAAAGCAAUGCCUCCAUUGCCACCUCUGCGGUGAGCCAGGAGCUCCUGUUUGAGACCCUGAGGUUGUUUGAGUGCAAAGAUUGCGGGAGAAGGUUUGAAAGUAAGUUUUGGCUGGCUAUGCACGCCCAGGUCCACUCGUCCAGCUGGCAGAAGGCUCAGGAGAGGGCUCUUCUUCGUCGCAAGGAGCUGUCAGAAACAGAGACAUCUAACCAACCGGUGACUACCAUUCUGCAGGGAAGUCUUUCAGUUCUCACUCAGUCCCCGCUUUUCCGGUCUAGGGAAGUCCUCAUGAAUGAAAUCUUGGGAAAGACAAAGAUGUCUCAAUACUUUCCCCGAAGCUCACCUCAAUUGAACUCUUCCGGUUACACCACUACUUUUCCAGAUAACAGGCUGGACGUUUCCAUUAAAAAUACCCAGCCCAAGGAUUACAAAUUCAGCCUCCAAGGGAGGUCCCUAGCCGAUAAUUCACAGAAUGCAGAAACCUCUGACUUCCCUCCCUUGGAAUCAAGACCUGAAACAUUACUCAAGAUCUGCAUGUUUGAUCCAUGCCACAACACAAAAACCUCAGAUGCAACCAAAAUGGGAUUUGUCAAGAAAGUGUAUGUCUGCCAGCAAAACCCAAAAGUGACUGGGAUGUCUGAGAACAAAAAAGUUCAGACAUUUGAAAGUCAUACUGACAAAUCUGUGGACGAAGGCUGUGUUGAAUCGCAGAGUUCACCCCUUACAGCUCUGAAUAAACUGCACGUGCAUCCUCCCAGUCGAUCGCAGUUUUCCCCCGAAGCGCGCCGCUGUUCAGACUGUGGCGGACGUUUCACCUGGCCUCAUUCGCUUGCUCUGCAUCGGCGGAGGAGACACAGGAGGCCGCCGUCUGCCGAGCACGCGUGCCAGUGUGGCCGAUCGUUUGGCAGCCGCCUCAGUCUUUUUCGCCACGAGCUGAGGCACGUCCGAUCCGGCUGCUACAUCUGCUGCCUUUGCGGCGUGUCGUUUAAGAAGAGUGCCAGGCUGGUCAGCCACUGGCAGAGGCACCGUGAGAAUGGGCCGCUGUUGACCUGCACCUGCGGAUUGACGUUUAAAAGGGUCGGCGGCCUUGUGUGGCACCUGCUCAGGAACAAGCCGUGACUGCACCAAAGGAUCCAGUUCAGAGAAUCUGCCUACCGAAUCAGAUACAGUCAAAGCACUGCUGUCAGGUUGUUAAGAUGCAAAUCUGAAUGCUUAUCUUUUGACAUAUUUAUUUUGGUGAUCCAUUGACUAACAUGAAUGUAAAAAAAAAAAAAUCAUGCUGGGAUUCCACAAGAAUGUAUGGAUUAAGAUUUAACAAAACAGACUGCAAGGUUUAGGGGUGUAUUUCCUCAGCGGUCCGGAGCACCAAAUGUCGCACGGCAUACAUGCCUGAUUAAAUUAAGAUUUGUAAGCUGAAUUGGCGUUAAUAUAAUGCACCAUUGCAUAAUUAUAUUUGAUAGCUUUCAGACUGUAUGCAGUUGGCCAUAAUGAGUAAAUUGUGUUUGUUUUUGUUUUGUUUGCUUACCAAACAUAUACAGAACACCCUCACACACAUUUUACUAUGGACAUUUUUUAAGAUAUUAAGUAAACCAGCUCAUAUUUGAUGCUCUAAAAACUAAAGCAAUAGUUUAUCUGAAUGCCAUUUACAUGCAAAAUUCAACUUAUUUCAGAAAUGUUAAAAUUAUCAGAUCAUACAUGUCAAGUAAUUAUUAAUUGUCUUUUAAAUAAGAGCAAAGAAAAACCUUCUAAGAUGAGUAAUUGUUAAAUUAUGUAUCUGGGCCUACACACUGUCAUUAUGGGAUGGGGAAGAGGCAGAUAGAUGGGUGGGAUGUUAUUGUUUUUCCCUGGUGAUUCAGACCUCAAAAAUUGUUUAUUUUUUUUG